UCAAUCAUCUAAUAAUGAGAAAUCUAAAACUUGGGUAGAUUUAGGAGAUUUAAUUGAAAUAAGUAAAAUUAGUUUAAAUAAUUCUAAUAUGCCAAUUGAUUAUUUACAAAAUUAUAAAGAAAAUGAUUUUAUAGAUUUAGAUUUAAAUAAUUUUUCAAAUAUAAAGAUAAAAAUUGUUGAAAAUGAUAUAAUUUUUAGCAAAAAAAAUUUCAACAAAUUAAUUGAUAUAAUUAUUAAUCAAACAAAUCAAAUUUCACAACAAAAAUCAUUUUCUACUCAAUUACAAUUAUUAACAAAAACUUUAUAUAAAUAUGAAGAUAAAAAUAAUGAUUAUUUAUUAGAUUCUGAUUGCUUUAAACAACUAAUUGAAACAGAAGAAUCUCAAUUAAUUGGAUUUUUAGAUGAAAUGACUAAUGCAUUAGUACCUAAAAGAAGAACUGAAAAAAAUAAAAAAAAGGCACAACAAAAAAUCAUUAGUCAAUAUUAUCUUUUAGCAGGAUUACGUAAUCAAAAUAUAAAUAAAUAUAAAACUAAUCUUAGUUUAUAUUUAUCAUCUUGUGGUUUAAGUUCAACUGGAAUAGAUUUUCUUAUGAGAGCAGGAAUAACAAUAA